AUGGCUGCCGCGGGUAUUCAAGGGGAGAGAUCAAUGAUUGUCCGUAUCGCCAAUACUAUUGGUUCUGGAGGUUCAUCAGCAGAGACAUCAUAUGGCAGAAAGUCGGCCUGUCACAGCCUCCUAGUACUUGAUGAAGAUGCUUGCCCGAGGAUUCCCGACAUGGGCAGAGAACCCCAGAUUUACUUGCUUGGUUACUGUAAUGACUGCAGAGCCGUAACACGAGUGCUGUCAACUGUGGUACAGUUCUGUUCCAGGCCGCCUUCCGCAGUCUCCCGCUCUCUUAUGCUCAGCCCAGAGUCUCUGACUUAA